AUGUGGGUCAUCAUGAUACUUCAUGAGAGCGGCGCUGAUUGGGAGCGUUCAGACAACAACAUUAGAGUCUCGAAUGACUGGGUUCGUCGUUGGGGCCGGGAGCAUGAAGCUGUUAAGCUGCCCGACGGCGGUUACCUCGGUAUGCUGAGCGUAUUCCACGAGCUUCACUGUAUUAAACGUCUCUACCAAACACUGUCCCCAGAGUACUACUUUCCCAACGCUACCGAGCAAGAAAUCGCGACGAACCGAGAGCACAACCAGCACUGCCUCGAGGUUCUUCGAAUGGGGGCGGCUUGCCGCGGUGACAUUUCCAUCGUUACCCACAUGUGGACUGACAUCGAUGCACGACCCAUUGUCAAUCAGACAGCGCCACACCAGUGCGUUGACUUUAACAAGGUCAUGGAGUACUCUCGUGACAACACAGUAGACGUGUAUCAAGAUAACUACAUCGUCCACCCCAAGUUUGGCCCAUCGUUCCCCAAAGGAAAUAGCAUCAAGCCUUUCAAGAACCAGGGAAUGCGAAACCACCACUAG